AUGCGUAUGAGCUGUAACGGAUGUCGAGUUCUUCGAAAAGGCUGCAGUGAAAACUGUAGCAUAAGGCCUUGUCUUCAAUGGAUCAAAUCCCCCGAAUCUCAGGCCAACGCCACCGUCUUCCUCGCCAAAUUCUACGGCCGUGCCGGUCUCAUGAACCUCCUCAACGCCGGUCCCGACCACCUCCGUCCUGCGAUAUUUAGGUCACUGUUAUACGAAGCAUGUGGGAGGAUCGUGAAUCCGAUUUGUGGAUCCGUCGGGUUACUAUGGUCCGGGAAUUGGCAUCUUUGUCAAGCAGCCGUUGAGGCGGUCAUGAGAGGCUCUCCGGUCACUCCGAUCACCUACGACGCGGCGGUUAAUGGUCAAGCGUCUCCUUUUAACACCAACAAGCUCUUCGACAUAAGACACGUGUCGUCCAACGUGAAGAGCCGUGGUGCAUGCAAGGAAGAUAGAAACGUGAGGUCGUCGCUGAGUCACGAGUCGUCACUGAGUCACGAGUCUUCGGUGGUGAAGGACGAGCGGAGCAUGGUGUCGUCGGAGGAGACGACGACGGAGGAACCAGCUUGGAUCGGGCUGGAGCUGACUUUGGGGUUGGAGCCAACCCUCGCACGUGGGAGUCACGUGGUGGUUCCGAUGAAAAAACGGAAGUUGGAGGAUAGGUGUGGCACGUGCGAGGAUGAUGACACGUGUAAGAUUGAGCUAGGACUCGUGUGCAGCGAGUAA